CCAUCUAUAACCAUAGAGAAGAGAAGACCAAUCCUCUCUCUUUUAUUCUUAUAUAUAUUUUCCUUUCUUUGUCUUGAUUUUCAUCCUUUUCAAAUCAUUUCACCUCAGACUAAUCUAUCUUAUCUCUCACAAACUGUUCGGUAUUAUAUAGGUGGAGAUGGAGAUAGCAACCAUCGGAAUGUCUAGAGGAAGCAACAGUUGUGACAAUAAGAAAACCAAAGGUCAUCCAAAAGGUCGCUGGAAACCUUUCGAAGACGACAAGCUCAAGCAACUUGUGAAACAAUAUGGUCCCCAGAACUGGAACAUCAUUGGUCAACAUUUAUCUGGAAGAACAGGGAAAAGCUGUAGACAGAGAUGGUGCAAUCAACUUGCUCCAUACCUCAACAAUGGACCUUUCACUAAGGAGGAAGAAGAGAUGCUUUUAGAAGCUCAUCGGAUCUAUGGCAAUCGUUGGUCAGUCAUAGCGAAGCUGUUACCCGGGAGGACUGAUAACGCUAUCAAGAACCAUUACCAUGUCAUCAUGACUAGACGCAGACGUAGAGGCUUCUCUUCAACUCCAACUUCUCCGUUCAACCAAAUUUGGAGCCCUAUCUUUACUCUUCCAAGCCUAAGUGCUUACUUAUACCCGUUUCAGAGGUAUCAGAUGGACAACAGUCGCAGUUCCUGGCCUUACACUUCUGCUUCAGCGCCUAGGAGUGAUCAGUUAGGAUCUUCAUGGAUCUCGAAUGAACAACAAGAAACUGAUGAUUUUGAGAGGAGAAAGUCGAACGAGAUGGUGGUUCAUCAGGCAGCUACACCAGAUCAUGAGAAGAACUCGUCAGGAGAAGAUGGAAAGAGAGAUGUUCCUUUCUUUGAUUUUCUUGGAGUUGGAUUAGAUUCUUAGAUAUAAUAAUCACAACUCAAUGAUUGUAAUGGUAUCUAUCAUUAGGGUUAUAUAUGUAUCAUAUUCAGCAUUUUGCUUCCUGUAAACCCUAUAUGGAUCUUCUAUCAAUUUCUCGUUUUCUAUCCAUUCACAUACAGUGAUAUAUAUAUGUACCAAUGUAUGUGUAUUCACAUGCACUUGAAUAUUAGUACAUACGCAUACAUAUGUGUCCAUAUCUUUUAUCAUAAGCUGUACUCCAAAUCACUAUGUUUCAAAUUUUUAUAUAAUAAAUUUUAAUAUAAAUAUCUAAUUUAUAUGCCUUAUGGUAUUAUCAAUAAAUCAUGAUUUAUUUAUUAAAAAAAAUGU